AUGCUGGACGCCUCGGUCGACACGGCCACAGAGCACGUCGAUGGUCCGGGCAGCAAGGAGCAGAACGGCGACGAUGAGCCGUACCGGAUCGCUCGGCUGCCGACAGAGAGGGCCAAGAGCGAUGCAGGCGCGGACGAGACGCAGCCGAGCCGCUGGUGGUUUGCGGCCACGGCCUUUCCCAUGGCAGCCGGCACGCUGGGCCCCGUGGCUUCGGCCUUUAGCAUCUGUGCGUUGGUGCGGCCUUGGCGACAGGAGAUUGUGGCCGGGACGACGAUCGAGACGGCCGUGUUCAUCGACGAUCCCGUCUGGCUGACGGGCAUCAACGCCGUGCAGCUGGCCAUUGCCGUUGCGGCCAACAUGUCGCUGCUGCUCAACAUGGCGCGGCGAAUCCGGUUUGCAGUCGCACAACCGGUCACAAUGGUCGGCUGGUCCAUCUCAGCCUUGACGCUGGUGGCACUGACGGCGACAGGAGCCCAUCCGCUGCGCCGUGGACUCGGUGGCCGCGACGUCGUCUGGUCGCAGGCCUUUUACUACGCCAUCUACGCGGCCGUGCUGUACGCCGUCGUGGCCUCGCUGAUGGUGGCUACGUAUGUUGGCGCUGCCACUGGUCGCUACGACAAGGACUUUCAGCUCAACAACAGCCAGCGCACGCUCAUGCUGCAGACCAUUCUCUUUCUCCUCUACCUGCUCGUCGGCGCCCUUGUCUUCUCCACCAUCGAGGACUGGGCCUUUCUCGAUGCCGUCUACUGGGCCGAUGUGACCCUCUUCACCGUCGGCUUCGGCGACCUGGCCGCCCAGACAACCCUCGGCCGCGCUCUGCUCUUCCCCUAUGCUCUCGUUGGCAUCAUCAGUCUCGGUCUCGUCAUCGGCUCCAUCCGCAGCCUCGCUGUCGACCGUGGAAAACGACGCCUCGAUGCCCGCAUGGCCGAGAAGAACCGUCGCCGCUGUCUGCGCCGUCUUACCCGCGACGGCGCCGACGAUAUCUUGCAGCCCAUCACAGACGCGCCUGCCCCUCUCGCCGAGCUUCGCCGCCGUGAGACUGAGUUCAACCUGAUGCGUCAUAUCCAGCACGCCGCUGCCCGCCGGCGUCGCUGGCUUGCCGUCGCCAUGUCCGGUGGCACCUGGCUGCUGCUCUGGCUCGUCGGCGCCUACAUCUUUCAGACCUGCGAGGCCCCCUACCAGCACUGGGACUACUUUGACGGCUUCUACCUGGCUUUUGUCAGCCUGACUACCAUUGGCUAUGGCGACGUCACCCCCAUGUCCAAUGCCGGCAAGUCUUUCUUCGUCUUCUGGUCGCUCCUCGCUCUGCCAACCACCACUGUCCUCAUCUCCGACGCCGGCGACACCAUUGUCAAGGGCAUCAGUGAUGCCACCAACGCCGUCGGCCGCAUCACCAUCCUGCCGGGCGAAGCCGGCCUGAAGCGCGACCUCAAGGAACUCGUGCGCGCCCUGACCUUUGGCGCCGUGUUUUCCGACCUGGACGACGACGAAGACGGAGACGAGGACGAGGAUGAGGAAGACUCGGAUGUGCUGCCACCGGGGCUGUUGGGGGCGGCCCAGCCGCGACCAGAGGAUCGCCAAGAACGGGAGGAGCAGCGAGAAGAGGAUACAGAGGAGAUGGCGGAUGAGGAGAGAAGAGGUGACCGGGACAGUGAGCAGAGAGACGACUACGACAAAGGUAGCACUCUUGCAACCGGCAGCAAUGCAGAGACAGCAGGAGGGCAACCAGCACCGAUCGACGGACAGCGACGGCGACAUGGCCGCAGAAGAGACCUUGGCUAUCGACUGGGCACGCUGUCCACGCUGUCGAUGCCGCGUGUCGACAUCCCACAGCGGCUGCCGUCGACUCGGGAAGCAUACCACUGCAUGCUAGCCGACGAGAUUGCCCGCGUGACUCAGCACAUGCGACACGUGCCGCCGCGCAGGUACGCCUUUGCCGAAUGGGCAUGGUUCCUCAAGCUGGUCGGCGAGGACGAGCGCAGUGCCGAGAUGCACGGCCGCGCGAGGCCGACCGAGACGACUAAGAGGACCGAAACAGAUUCACCAGACAGCGAUCACACGCCCUGGAGCUGGGUUGGCUCGCGUAGUCCGCUGAUGAGCGGCCAGGAAGAGGCUGAGUGGGUCCUCGACCGUCUCACCAGGCGACUGCAGGCCGAGCUGCGCCAGGUCGAGACCCAGCAGACGUCGGGUGACAUAUCAGCACCUCAGGCCAUCCAAGAAGAGGUGUGA